UCCACCAUUGAAUUUCUUUUUAUUUUGGACCGAUUUGGGAAUCAGGAAAAAACGUUUUAAGAAAAAGAUAAAUCAGUUGAUUUAAACGCCUAUAAUAAGGCAAAAGAUGUGCUUUACAUCAGCAAAAAGUGAACAAAAGAGCAGCACAAAUGAAGAUAUUGUAAUAAUUUUUGAAGCAGAUAGUGUUAAAAUUAUCUUAACACUUUGAAGGUGUCGUUAAAAUAACAAAUUUAGAUCAAUCUCUCAAGAAAUAUCAGGAAAUUUCGUUCAUUACUAGAUUUAACAUACAAGGAGAUAAAUUUUCUUGAAGUGAACAGCAAUACAUACAAAAGUUAGUUGAAAACAAAAUGAAAAAGAAAUAAAUCGGGUCACCUACACUGACAUAAAUAAAUUAUGCUACGUUUAGAGUUUAAAAAAUAAUCUUAUACCUACUUACAACUGAACAUAUUUUAUAAGAAUAAACUUUAAAUUAAUUAUCUUAUUUAAAAUAAGACUUAAGAAGUGUUAAGAAUCACUGUCUACAACACCAGCAACAACAAUUUCUAUUCAUUGCUGUAUUGUGAACUUCUUGAAGUUUGUGCUUUUAUAAUAAACAAACACGUGCUUAAGUUUUUUGAGUUGACUAUUAAAAAACCAAACCCGUCUAUUCAGCAUAAAUCACUACAAAGAAUACAUCGAUAAUAAAUAAAAUUGGUUUCAACGCAAAAAUAAAUCAAGUUUGUUCCGUGAAUAAAGUUUUGUACAUAAUAUCCAUAUCAACUUGUUGAUUAGAAGAUAUUUGAACAGACACAAGGACAACAAUAAGACAUGGGACCGAGAAACAGAAAGAAAAAAGCGUAUGGUUUGACAUGUUUUUGUGAUGGAGCAUGUCCAGGAAAUAUGCAGAAUGGAACCUGUGAGGUUAGAGGUGGUGGACAGUGCUUUUCAGCAGUGGAAGAAGUGAAUGAUGAAAUUACUGGAUUAAUAGAACCUGAAUAUUCAUUUGGUUGCUUAUCUCCAGAUCAAGCCGGCGGACUCCUUCAAUGUAAUGCUGGUAAAUCUGCACAAAUACAUGGCAAGAACAUUAUAUGUUGUUCAACUGGUGACUUGUGUAAUAAAGAUUUACUACCAGAUUUUUCACCACGAACAACAGUUGUGCCAUAUGAAGAAAAUGGGAUUGAAAAUACCAAACAAAUUCAUACGAAUGUGCCUUAUAUUGUAAUCUUUGCUUCCAUUGUUUUCUGUCUAACAACACUUGUCAUGAUAUUCUUUACAAUAUUCAUAACUUACAAGCGGAAAAGAAAUAAAAGAAGCAGAAGAAGUCACAGACAUUUGGAACCGAAUUGUAAUGGACAUAGCACAAGCAUUGUGUCACCAUUAUCAAGCGCAAUAGAACAAAGUUCAGGUAGUGGUGGAAGUGAACUUCCAAUUCUUGUACAGAGCACUAUUUCUAAGCAAAUACAAAUGAUUGAGUCAAUCGGCAAAGGCCGAUAUGGUGAAGUGUGGCUGGCAAAGUGGCGCGAUGAAAAAGUUGCAGUCAAAGUUUUCUUUACAACUGAAGAAUCUUCUUGGUUCCGGGAAACAGAAAUCUAUCAAACAGUUUUGAUGCGACAUGAAAAUAUUCUUGGAUUUAUUGCUGCUGAUAUCAAAGGAACAGGAUCGUGGACACAAAUGUUGCUAAUAACUGAUUACCACGAGUGUGGUAGUCUUUACGAUUUUCUUCAAAAUCGUGCACUUUCUUCUCAAGCUUUAAGAACUUUAACACUUUCUUUGGCAUCUGGUGUUGCACAUUUACAUACAGAAAUCUUUGGAACUCCAGGAAAACCUGCCAUAAGUCACCGUGACUUAAAGACAAAAAAUAUUUUAGUUAAGUAUGAUGGACAAUGUGCAAUUGCUGACUUUGGUCUUGCUGUUAAAUAUACAUCGGAAUCGGGCGAGACUCAAAUCGCUCCUAACAAUCGUAUCGGUACCAAACGUUACAUGCCACCAGAGGUUCUUGAUCAAUCUUUGGAUAUGAAAUCAUUUGAAGCUUUUAAGAUGGCUGAUAUGUAUUCAUUUGGUUUAAUAUUAUGGGAAAUGUGUCGUCGAUGCAUCACAAUAGAACCAACAUCAAAGAUAUCGACAUGUGAAGAACAUGCUUUGCCAUAUCAUGAAGAUGUCCCUUCAGAUCCAAGCAUUCAAGACAUGUAUGAAGUAGUUUGUGUUAAAGGCAUCCGUCCAGUCAUUCCACAAAGAUGGUCUCAUGAAAACAUGACUGCCAUGCUAUCAAAAAUAAUGCAAGAAUGUUGGCAUCCAAAUCCAGCUGUUCGACUAACAGCUUUACGAAUAAAGAAAACACUUAAAAAACUUGAUGGCGAAGUUACGAUCAACUUAUUAUAGAAUAGACAUUAAUUUAACUAAUGAGUAGCUUCAGGGACCAGUUUUAAAUCAUUUAAUUCUAGAAAGAUUUAAGUAGUUUUGUACAUAAAAGAUGUAAUUAUGAAAAUUGUUUUUCGAAAUUAAAACAAGAAGAAAAACAAAAAUAUUUUCUAGACAAAAUAUCUUAAAGAGAAUUUAAAUUAAAAUAGAAUGAAAUUAAUAUUUUUUAUAUUAAAAAUUCUAAUUGACCCUUAUGGUGUGAAUGUUGACAUAAUAAUUUUAAUCAUAUGAUUUUGAGUUAUUUUUGGUGUACAUAAAUAUGGUGAAAUAGAGUUUUAUUCAUCAUAAAAUUAAAAGUAGUUGAAAACUAUUCUGAGAAUUCUUUUAACUACUCAAAUAUCAAAUAUCUUUUGAUUUCGAAAUUAUUUCUGAAUCUAUUUUUAUGGUUCUGGAUGCCAAGAUUAUUGCACUAAUUUCGAUCAUUCUAAGUACUUAAAAUGUAAGAAAAUCUGUAAAGUAGAAAUGUAAGAUAUUUGAUUGAUGAAAGAAAGCAAUAAUCUUUGAAAAUAAUCUUUGACUACAAGUGUCAUGUUUACAUAUUUAAUUUUAUGCUUAUUGGAAACAUUUGUUUUAAUAAAGUACAAAGAAAAAA